GAAUGCUAUUUUUGCAGCUAGUCUGCAUUUUGAUUGUUUCGGUGACGUCGAAUUAUCAGGGACCGUAUCAUUCCUCGUCGGUCACAACGACCAUUAAUUUACCGGCGGGCUAUGUUCACUAUCCGACCGUAAGUUCAGCCUACAAAAUACAUCAGGAUGAACUCAGUUGGAGUAACGCAAAGGAUGCUUGCAUUGCCGAGGGAGGUCGCCUCGCCGUGAUUGACACGCAUGAAAAAGUUGGAUUGGUAAAUGGGAUCAGGGAUCCAAGCUCCAAUGUGUGGGGAGGUAUUGAGAAAAAGUAUGACGACUGGGUUACUGCCGACACACGUAUCAUACCGUACAUCUGAAUAUAGUUUUGCAAUAAAUUUUCACGAUGAGAAGUUGAAGUAGAGAGAGCGACUAACGAACGUGGAGAAAAAAUUAACUGAUGCGUGUUAUUCAAUUAAUUAGAAGCACGUCUGUUGGAUCUACCGUGGGGACCGAAUCAGCCUGAGGGCUUCGGAGAUUGUGUUGCCACGAAGAAAAGUGGCACAGGACUGAAAAACAGGAUGUGUUUCUGACCGGAACCCUACGUUUACAAAAUUCCUACAGCAACAGAAGUGCCGCAGAAUAAUCAGUAUCAGCAACGAUUAAAAAAUGGAUUCCCUAGCUAUCGACUAAGAGAACAGCGAUAACUGGCGAGCUUUCCGGCCUUGCCAACGAAUAGAUAUAGUUCUUCAAUCAUUGU